GUGGCACCUGAGGCAUUUAAUGGGAAGCCUGCCUAGGACUGCUGAAGGAAAGACUUUGAUAUACCCCGGAAGGGGGGAACACUGAGUGACCUGGCUGGAAGAUCAUGAAGAGGAUGUAGCGGUUCCUGGAACGAAAGAGGGGCUGCAGACCAGAGAGAGAGAGAGAGACGGAGUGGCGGCAUGCAACAACGGGAAUGAGCAUCAAUCUGAGGAACUAAUCCCCAGAGCAGCCAGAAGGAGGCACCAGAUUAGUGGCGAGUUGUGUGCCCCAUUACAGACACCCUUACUGACAACAGCCAGACCAAGGAUAAACAGGACAUUGCUUCCCCCCGUGUGCAACCAUUCUGCUGCCCUUGCUUCUGGGUUUCUGAAGUGCCCAGCCAAUAAUAAUCCAGCUCAGGAAUGUUGUUAGGCAUUGAACUUCUUGCUGACUGACUGCUUGUUCUGCGGCUAAAUAAAAGGUUUUGUUUUCCACUGCUGUCAGUGUAGGACUGCUGCUGCUGCAAAACCAAUUUGAAAACAUUAUAGUUUUCCUUCCACAAAUUACUAAACUUCUCUUUUUGAGUUGAUGACUGUGAAUAUUCAAUAUCAGUUCCUUGCGGGGGGGAAAACUGUACAGUAGAGCGGUGUUACUCAAAGUGGUAGCUAUUCAUUGACUGCAGGUCUGCAUGCGCAUUGGGAAAAAAAACGCUGGUCCCCCACAUCAGAUAGCUUGAGAAGCACUGCUGUAGAGGGUUGAACGGAUAUAAUGGAAUCACUAGGAGGCAACAGAGAAACAUCUGUCACUAAAAAGGAAAUUUAAUCAUGAAACAUACCCGACGGUCUGAAAGAAGAGGAGGAGAUUUGGGCAUUGUGCUUUUUUACUUUGGAGCUAGUGAUGAAAGAAUCAUUGGACUUGUGCCCUGAACAGUAAGCAGCAUCAAGUGGAACAAAAUCUGAAUCUAUUAAAUGUACUCCAUGGCAUUCAGAUAAGCUAAUCUGCGCUGAACCAAAGCUUUUCUUGUGGAGUAAAUUAAUUGUGCAGUGAGCUACAAAGAAGCAGCUCUUAAUUCUUCCAUUGCAGUAACUACUUAUCAAGAUGAACUGCAGCAACUUCAGCGGCACAGUGCAAGAAAACCUUAACGUUUUACAACUGAUUAUUUACAUCCCAAUUGUCUUUUUUGGAGUUAUAUUUAAUGUCAUUGCCUUCCUGGUAUUCUGCUGCAAGCUGAAAAAAUGGACAGAAACCAGAGUGUACAUGAUCAACUUGGUCAUUGCAGACUGUUUUCUGCUCUUCACCUUGCCUUUCAUUGUGUAUUUUCACAGGACUGGACAUCCCGUAGAUGUACUGUGCUAUGUCAUACAGAUUAUAUAUUUUACAAACAUGCCUGUAAGCAUUUAUAUCAUCACCCUUAUAGCAGUCGAACGAUACAUUGCAAUAAAGUACCCCCUGAAAGCAAAGAGUUUCAGGUCCCCAUUGAAAGCAGCUGUUAGCUGUGGAUUUCUUUGGAUAAUAAUCAUCAUUUAUGCAUACUUCAACCCACGAUUUACUGAGGAAAAAGAAAAAAAGUGCUUUCAGAAAACUUCUGAAACUACAAUAACUACACUGUUGUCAGGUAUUUUUGGGUUUUUUAUACCACUAGUAAUACUGAGUUUUUGUUCUAUUCAAGUCAUCCAGUGUCUGAAGCUGAAGAAGAACAUGAGUCCACUUGAGGAAACAUCAAUCCGGAAGGCUCUCUGGAUUGUCUCUAUGAAUCUGUGUGUAUUUAUCAUAUGUUUUUUGCCUUUAAAUGUAGGGCUACUUGUUAGGUAUGCAAUGGAUGCAGCUGGAGCUGCCUGCUCUUUACGCCACAAUGCAAGCCUUUUUAUUCGUGUGACUGCAGGGGUAGCAAAUUUUAACUGCUGUUUGGAUACGCUUUGUUAUUACUUUGUAGCCAAGGAAUUUCAAGAAGCUUCUUCUCUGUUACCCCCUUUUAAAUCUCUGAAGUCUAGAUCAAAUCAAAGCCAAAUCACAACCACAAAUGCACUAAGGGAUUGCAAAAAAAUGCAUGAUCCAGGGGUAGAUCCACAGCUGGUAUAAAUUGUCAUAGCUCCAUUUAUUUGCCAUAAAAUCUGUAAUUAUCCUGGGUAAUAGUCACAAAAACUUCCUCAAAGUGUACCUGAUUCUGAUCUCACUUAUACUGUACUCGUCUUACAGCAUUCCAACUCCAGUGAUUUCAACAAAGUUACUUUUGAUUUACACCAAUGUAACUGAGAUUCCAGUCAGGAUCAAUGUCACUCUUUAAAUCUAUGCACAUGCAUAUUUUAUUAUUGCCAUGCUUUCCUUUGCAUAUACAAUAUUAACCAGCUAACUACAGGAAGCUUUCUUGUAUCAGUACAAGGGUCAGUUAGUUUCUUGUAUUGCUGUGAAUGUGUUUAUAAUAAAACCGAUGCAGUAUCAAAAUGUAAA